AUGGCGGAUCAGAACGAUGCGGAGUCCGGUGAAGCUAGGAAGAAGAACCCGCCAUCGAUAUCGCCAAUGUUGUACCAGCUGAAGAAGUACCUGCUGCUGCUGGCCACCCUGGUGGCGACGGUGACCUACGCGGCGGGGCUCAACCCGCCGGGGGGUUCCUGGCUGGAGGACGACACCGACACGCCGUCGGGCUCGGGCGGCGGAGGUCGACGGCACUUGGCCGGGGACUCCAUCCUCCGGCAGACCAACUACAUCCGCUACAUCGUCUUCUACUGCUUCAACGCUAUCUCCUUCGCGGCGUCGCUCGUCGUCAGCCUCCUUCUCCUCCUCCUGCACAGGGGCGACCAGGGCUGGCUGCUCAAGCUCACGCGGGCGAUCAUGGUGGUCGACCUGCUCGGCCUCAUGGGCGCCUACGCCGCAGGAGGCAGCCACGACAGGUUCACCACGGUCUGCGCCGCCGGGCUGGUCGGCGCCACCUUUGCCUGCAUCAUCUUCGUCGUCCCCUGCAUGAUAUUUAAACAAGACACGGCGGCGGCGGCGGCGGUGGGGGCAUCGCGGAACGACGGCCACGACAAUAACGACGACCACGAGCAGCAGUCCAAGCACGAGAUCCUGCUGGUGCUCGCCAUCUUCGUGGCCACCAUCGCCUACGUGGCCGGGCUGAACCCACCGGGUGGCUUCUGGCGGAGCACGGAGGAAGGUCACCACACCGCCGGCGACCCCGUGCUGCAGGGCUUCCAUCCGAUCCGCUACAAGUUCUUCUUCUUCAGCAACACCGCCGCCUUCGUAACGUCCCUGCUGGCUAUCACCAUCACCGCCCACGAGAAGGUGGACCUCAAGGCUGUCAAGGUUCCGCUGUGUGGGCUCAUCAUCACGGCGAUCUUGGGCCUCGGCGGCGCCUACGCCGCUGGGAGCUGCAGGGACAGCAGGCACACCGGCUACGUUCUAGCCCUAAUUGUCCCAGUUCUUGGCUGCAUCUUUCUCCAACGGUUUCUUGCCAUCAAGCUGCGACAUCACUUCGGCUUUGGUAGCGGGUCAACGAGCAGUGGAGAACACAAUGAUCUGGAGAAGCCUCGUGAAGUCAUUCAGCUGCUCGCCACUCUCGCGGCGACGGUCGCGUACCAAGCAGGAGUGGAUCCACCUGGCGGCGUCUGGGCUGACACCGGGGAGGGCCACAUCGUCGGAGACCCGAUCCUCCUGACGACGCAUCCCGGGCGGUACAGGGUCUUCUUCUACUUCAACUCGGCGGCCUUUGUGGCGUCCCUGGUCAUCAUGGUGAUGCUGCAGAGCGAGCGCCUCGUGAGAGGGCACGCGCUGGAGGCGGCCAUGAUCCUGGACCUGUUCGGCCUCAUAGGCGCGUACGCCGCUGGGAGCAGCAGGGACACGAGCACGUCCAUCUACACGCUCGCCAUCGCCGGAGGCGUCCUUGUCUACGUGGUGAUCCACAUCGUGUUCUUUACGCUAGACCAUCAUCCCAGCAGCAAGAAGCAGGGCGGUGGCGAGGAAGCUAAGAAGAAGGAGGAUGUGAUGGAGAAGAAGCGCGAGGUGCUGCUGCUCCUCGCGAUCUUGGCGGCAACCCUCACCUAUCAGGCUGGCUUGACGCCGCCGGGAGGCCUGUGGGAGAACGAUAGCUCCGGGCACCGCGCCGGCUUCCCGGUGCUCCUGGACAAGUACCCUCGCCGUUACAAGGCCUUCUUCUACUGCAACGCGGCGAGCUUCAUGGCGUCCGUGGCGCUCAUCGUGCUCCUCCUCAACCCAACCCUUUAUGCGCCGGGCAUCAGGUGCUACGCGCUCUUUGUCUGCAUGGUGGCCGGCAUGUUCAGCCUCAUCGGUGCAUACGCUGCCGGAAGCUCCCUGCAUCUGGGAACCUCCAUUGUUGACCUGGCAUUGGUUAUUGCGGUUUUCGCAAUCGUAGUCUAUGUGGCCAUCAUCCGCCAUGGUCAGCAAAACAGGCAGCCGAAAAGUCAAGCCGCACAAGAUAGCAAGAACGACCAGUCCUCAACGACAACUCAAACACAUAGUCAGUCUUCAGACGACCGAAGAACUCCAGAGCAGAAACCAGCAGAUUUGAAGAAAGAGUCGUUGGACAUGAUGAUGGCCAAGUACCUGAUGCUGGUAGGGAUACUGGCUGCCAGCGUCACCUACCUCACCGGCCUGAAACCACCGGGUGGCCUGUGGAGGGAGGACGGCGCCGGGCACGACGCCGGCAACCCGGUCCUCUACGACGUCGACAGGCAUCGGUACAACGCUUUCUUCUACAGCAACUCCACUUCCUUCAUGGCUUCCAUCACCGUCAUCGCCCUCCUGCUUUCGCGGAUGAUACUUGGAAGCAACAAGCCUCUUUGGCCCAUGCACACGGCCAUGCUGCUGGACAUGCUCGCCCUCCUGGGAUCCUACGCCGCAGGCAGCGCUCGGGACUGGUGCACGUCCAAGGAUGUCGCCCUGCUUCUCUUCCCUAUACUGGGCUUCGUUUUGCUGCUCUUCUUCUGGAAGAAAGAGCCACAAUCUGCCGCCACCCAACAGAAUGCUCACUCCUAG